CUCUGCGACACUGACAUCUUCAGUAGUCGCCAAAAAGCAUGGCGUUUCACUGUAGUUGGUCGGGAUGCUAAAAAAGCUACAGCUUUUUUAACUUUUGGAGAUUUUCACCGAUCUGCAGCGCAUGUAGCUGGUUUGUCAUCUUCUGGUUUGUGGUUUUCUUAUUGAAAAGUUGCUGCUGGAUGAUUGAGGGGGUACUUCAGCUUCAUAAUGCAGACUUUGAAGGUCGGCUGGGUAGCUCCAGCAGCUUUAAAAGCCCUCGGAUCAGGCAGGCUCUUCUACCCUGAGCUCAUCACAGCGUCUUUAGGACAUCAUUUCUCUAUAAGACAGUCUCGCUUCUGUCGAACUGGGCUGAACUCAGAGGACACGGUCGUUAUCCGCAUCCCUCGUUACUUGACAAAGCGCGUAGACAAUGUGAAGCAAACCCGAGGCAAAUCCCAGAUCAGAACCGUCAAAGCGGGCCCGCUGAUGAUCCAGAGCAGGAACUCAUCCCUAAACCAGUCUACUGGGUACAUCGUGGGGAAGUUCGAGCAGCCCGUCCUCUGCUCGAAAGGAUGGAAACACAAUAAGUCAACCGGUGACUACUUCACCAUCAACAACACUAAGGAAGUACCUCCUUUUAUUGCAGGCAUCCAGAAGGAGGAUACUGAGCAGAAAGCAUCCACAACAUUUCAAAACUUUCACAUCUGCAAGGAGCUGGUUGAAACUUUGGAGAGAAACGGGAUCACGCACCCCACUGUUGUCCAGCUGCAGACCAUCCCGAAGGUUAUGAGAGGUCACAACAUCCUGUGUGCUGCAGAGACGGGCAGUGGGAAGACCCUGAGCUACCUGCUGCCUGUUGUUCACAGACUGCAGGCAAAUAUGCAAGCCGAGAACACAGACAGGAUCCGAGCUCUGGUUCUGGUGCCCUCCAGGGAGCUGGCUGAGCAGGUGGCAGCCGUGUCCAGGACUCUGUGUGCUCCGUUGGGUUUACGCACAAGGACUGUGGGUGGUGGCCGAGGUGUGGGCCACAUUAGGAUGGUCUUUAAAAAGGAUCAUCCAGAUAUUUUAGUGGCCACUCCAGGUGCCCUGGUUAAAGCCCUGCAUAGAAACUGUUUGGAUUUCAUUGAGCUGAACUUCUUGGUUGUAGAUGAGGCCGACACUAUGUUUGACCCCAGCUUCUCUGGUUUACUGGAGGAGAUUUUGUCUCAUGCAAACAUUGCGAGUGAUCCCAGGGAGACACGUGGCCUGGGUCAUAAAGCCCAGCUGCUCAUGGUCGGGGCGACCUUCCCAGAUGGUGUUGGCGAAGUUCUCAGCAAGGUGACAGACCUGGGCAGAAUUAUUACAAUUAAGAGCAAGAUGCUGCACUUUCUAAUGCCCCACGUCAAGCAGACGUUCCUGAAGGUAAAAGGUGCCAGCAAAAUCCUGGAGCUCUACCAAGCCCUGAAUAAGCUACAGCAUGAAAAUGGAGGGGGAGCUGCUCUAGUGUUCUGCAACAAGUCUUCCACUGUGAACUGGCUGGGCUACUCACUCGAGGAGAUGGGGGUCAAGCACUCUCGACUGCAGGGGGAGAUGCCUGCAGUGGUGCGGGCGGGAAUCUUUCAUUCCUUCCAGAAGGGCACUGUAAAUGUCCUAAUAUGCACUGACAUAGCUUCACGUGGCCUGGACACUACCAGGGUGCGCUUGGUUGUAAACUACGACUUCCCAGAAUCCCACACAGACUACAUCCAUCGAGCAGGGAGAGUGGGGAGAGCGGGAGGGGUGGAGGACGGGGAGGUGCUCAGCUUCGUCACUCACCCCUGGGAUGUGGAGCUGGUGCAGAACAUCGAGAUGGCAGCUCGCAGGAGGACCAGUUUGCCAGGGAUGAAAUCUGAUAUCCAGGAACCAAAAGCUAAUGUGGUAAACACACAGUAAAUUACUCAUGUGUUAGUAGAUAUUUACAUAAAACAAUUACAGAAAGUGAUUGUAAAACACAUGAAUGAUGAAUACAAUUUUUGUAGUAUUGGUAUGUCAUAUUUCUGUGAUUAUUUUUAGAUACAUUUUAGCUGUAAUUGAGGGUCUAUGUCUGAAGUGUGGCCGGAGUGCUCUUAGCAGCCAUUGGAAUAAUUGUGUGUGGCCUUCGCCAUCAGUUCAAGAAUGGUACAAAUUUGGCCCUGCAGCAAAUAGAGCUGAUGCAGUUGGAGAGUUUUUAUUAUUUGUUUCCCUGACAAAUUUCUACCCUUAAUGGGAAAUGUUAGGCACAACACAAAUAGUUUUUCUUUUAUUAGAUUUUUUUUUUUUCUUGCUUUCAUCUCAUAG